AUGUUGCUGCCACAGCAGUUUACGCACUUGACCAGGCUAAUCCACAUAAUAGUAAGUCAAUAUUUUGCGCCACUCUCCUCGCUGCUGAUUGUUCACAAUAGCACCCAGGAGACGACUACGCUGCAACUUGCCUAUCUGGAGGCUGUACAACUGGCUCUGCGUAAUCUCAGCCAACCUAUCUUGCUACAGUGGAUCAAUGUGGCCAAGUUGCCCCAAGAUGCAACCCAGCCGAAUUCGCUGGAAUGGCAAGUCUUAGCUGCCGUUAACUCCAGCGUGACUGAGGGUUUUAUCACGAUAUUGCCGCAGACAGCUCAGUUUCUUCAUGCUCGCUAUUUUGCCACACGCAAUGCCAACGUGAGGCUAAAAGAUAAACUCUACUUGUUUCUGUGUGAACAUGAAGAUCCUAGGGUAUUGCUCAGCCUAGAAAUAUUGCAAUUCUACCCACACCAUCUGAUGUUGCGGCCAGGAGAGCCGGCAAACAAAGGAUAUGCCAGAAGUGGCAAAGCAAUUCGAACUGGUGUUGAGGUUGGAGUUGGAGUUGGAGUUGGAGUAGUUGAGGCAACAGCUAGCUUGCCACACCCACACCGCGACAUCAAUUUGGGGCUGUGGACACAAAAGUUUGUCGGUGCCAGUGGAAAUUUGGAUGCUCAGCUCUUGGACGCAUUCUUGCCGAACGAAACUUUUGUCAACCAGCCGCAUGCCCAAUCCCAACACCAACUUUAUCCCAACAAGCUGCUCAAUCUUCAGAGGCGCACACUGCGCCUAGGCUCCAUUACUUAUGUGCCAUACACAGUUACUAAUUAUGUGGCAGCUGGUACCGGCAAUGAGGAUCCAAUUAACCCGCAUGGCGCCAAUCGCUCCGUUGCAUACGACGGCUCCGAAGCGAAGAUUAUGAGCACUUUCUGCGAGGUGCACAACUGCCACCUGCGUGUCGAGGCCUAUGGAGCCGACAACUGGGGUGCCAUCUACGAGAAUGAGAGUGCUCAUGGCAUGCUGGGAGACAUUUACAAGCAGCGUGUGGAAUUGGCCAUUGGCUGCAUAUACAAUUGGUACGAUGGCAUCACGGAGACAUCGCAUACGAUAGCCCGAUCUGCAGUUACCAUAAUAGGACCGGCUCCUGCCCCAUUGCAAGCUUGGCGUACUGAUCUUAUGCCUUUUAAUGGAGGUGCUUGGCUGCUGCUGAUUUUAACGAUUAUCGUCUGCAGUCUAGUUUUGUCUUGGCUAAGAUAUUCAAGCCACUUAAUUGUGCAAGGCAGGCCAAAGCUUGUCUUUGUUCAGGCAGAAAAUGUGGAAAAAUCUCUCAUCGAUAUCUUUGCGCUCUUCAUUCAGCAGCCAUCAGCGCCCUUGACGUUUGAUCGCUUUGGAACACGCUUCUUUCUGGCUACGUUGCUGUGUGCGACAAUCACGCUGGAGAACAUUUACAGUGGGCAACUAAAGUCUCUCCUUACUGUGCCCUUAUAUGAUGCACCCGUGGACACCAUUGAAAAGUGGGCACAGGUCAAGUGGAAGUGGGCGGCACCGUCGAUAGUCUGGGUACAUACGGUAGAGAAGUCCGAUUUGGAUGCGGAACAGAUACUAGCCGAUAAAUUCGAGGUGCGCGACUAUAACUUCCUGUACAAUGCAAGCUUUCGACCAAAUUAUGGUCUGGCAAUCGAGAGAUUGGCUUCCGGCGCAUUUAACUUUGGCAACUAUGUGACAUCGCAGGCCGUUGAGAAUCGAAUUGUGUUGCGCGAUGAUCUCUACUUUGAUUGGACUCGAGCGGUUUCCAUUCGAGGCUGGGCGCUGAUGCCACAGCUGAACAGACACAUCCGCAGCUGCCAGGAGGCAGGUCUCUAUGUCCACUGGGAAUUAGAGCAUGUUGUGAAGUAUCUGGAUAGGAAUACAGGGCAGAUCCUGUUCAAUCAGGCCAUUGGAUAUGUGCCCAAGAAGGCGCCCAAGCCACUUGUUGUAGAUGACAUAUCAGCUGCACUAUUUGUACUGGCCUUUGGACUGAGCAUAGCUGGAUGUGCACUGCUUGUAGAGUUGCUGCAACACGGUUGCAUGCAAUUUGGGCGCAACUAA